CAGCGACCGUAUUCACCCUCUUAAAUAUACACAUAUCCUCUUAUCACUUACCACAACCUAAGCACCGAUGACGGGGUGCCGAGAUUAUGGGUACGAGGAUGGAGUAACAUGCCUUUUUUCUCGGAUUUUCCGUUCUUUCCUUAGGCGGAUUUCCAUCCUCAUAUGAAUACAGUUUGAUUCCAAGAUUAUUGUGACGACCAACAUCGAGACUUGAUUCUGGAGGAAAUGGCUUCAGACAACACACUGCGCAGUUACUGCAUUAUACCGUGCUUCAUCUUUGUAGAGAUGGUCAUCAUGGCGGGCACUGUCCUGAUGGCCUAUUACUUUGAGUGCACCGACACCUUCGGGGUGCACAUCCAGGGCUUCUUCUGCAACGACGCGGAGCUGAUGAAGCCCUACCCCGGGGCGGAGGAGAGCAGCUUCAUACCCCCCCUCAUCCUGUACUGCGUGGUGGCGGCCACGCCCACGGCCACUAUUUUCAUUGGAGAGAUCUCUAUGUACAUCAUGAAAUCUACGAGAGAGGCCCUGUUGGCCCAGGAGAAAACCAUUGUGACGGGGGACUGCUGCUACCUGAACCCUCUCAUUCGCAGGAUCAUACGGUUUAUCGGUGUCUUUGCUUUCGGACUUUUCGCCACGGACAUCUUCGUGAACGCGGGUCAGGUUGUCACCGGGAAUCUGGCCCCUUACUUCCUCAGCGUCUGCAAGCCAAAUUACACCGGGACAGAGUGCCGCUUUAGCCACCAGUUCGUCUCCAACGGCAACAUCUGCACCGGCGACCGGGCGGCGGUGGAGAAGGCCAGGAAGUCGUUCCCGUCCAAAGACGCGUCUCUUAGCGUGUACUCUGCCGUGUACCUGACGAUGUACAUCACGAGCACGAUAAAGACGAAGAGCAGCCGGCUGGCCAAGCCGGUGCUCUGCCUGGGGACCCUGUGCGCGGCCUUCCUCGCGGGCCUCAACCGCGUCUCCGAGUACCGCAACCACUGCGCCGACGUCGUCGCCGGGUUCGUCCUGGGCAGCUCGGUCGCCCUUUUUUUGGGAAUCUGUGUUGUCCAUAACUUCAAGGGGGUCCACACAACCCCUUCCAAGCAGAAAACAGAGGAGUACCGCGGGCUCCCGUUGAUGACCUUCCCACGGGUGGAGAGCCCUCUGGAAACUCUCAGCGCACAGAACCAUUCGGCAUCGAUGACGGAGGUCACAUGACUAAGAGGCCAGCAUAGAGUCACCUUUGCUUCCCCUCAAGAGUUCUAGGCACAAAUGUUUUGUACUGUGUCAUACUGUAAACAAAAAUGGACAGUAUUAUGUUGUACCUAGUUAGAAGCCGAUGUUUUGUACAUUUUGUAUACAAGAGUGCCGUAGCUAACCCUUAUUACGUGAGCUUGGAACUAUCACAUUUCAGAAUUUAUGCAUUCCUAGCCAUGUUUUUACAUAAAGUAAAUUCCAUACAUAACAUGGUAUUGAAACAUUGAUGUUGUCAUGUGGUAUUUGUAUAAAAAACUGUAAAUCUUUGACAAAGGUCAUAUUUUGUAACCUUUUUUUGUUAGCAUUGUAUAAAACUUACUACUUUACCCAACUUUGCCUGCAGUUUUUCAGGAAUGUUUUGGUAUUGAUAUAUUUUGGUGUAAGAAAAGACAACACAUUGUGAUACCUUAUUGAUGUUUUUUUUUUCUCCCUUUGGCAUCUUUACUUGUCCUUGACUCAGCAUGGAGUAAACAAAAUAAAUCCCUAUUUGUACAUA